CGAAGACGGAGAGAACCUUCCUCAACAUCGUCCCUUUCAAAAUUUCCCUCUCUCUCUCGAGCUUGUUUUGUGGUAAUUUCUAUGUUUAUAUUCAUACCAUGCCGCUGGUUCGCAAUCCCAUCCUGCCCGGCUUUAACGCCGAUCCGUCUAUAGUGCGGGUCGGCAGCGACUACUACAUCGCCACCUCGACGUUCGAAUGGUAUCCCGGCGUGCAGAUCCACCACUCGACGGACCUGGCAAACUGGGAGCUGGUCACCCGCCCCCUGAACCGCAAGGCGCAGUUGGAUAUGCGGGGCGAUCCUGACAGUUGCGGUGUGUGGGCCCCGUGUCUCUCGCACGACGGGGAAAGGUUCUGGCUGGUGUAUACGGACGUGAAGCGUAAAGAUGGCUCGUUUAAGGAUACGCCUAAUUACAUCGUCAGUGCUCCGACGAUCGAGGGGCCUUGGUCCGAUCCGGUCUAUGUCAACUCUUCGGGCUUUGACCCUUCGCUGUUCCAUGACGAGGAUGGCAAGAAGUGGUUUGUGAAUAUGUUGCAGGACCACCGGAGUCGACCGCGUUCCUUUGCAGGAAUCGUGCUGCAGGAGUUUGACCCCUCGGCGGGUAAGCUGGUUGGGCCAAGGAAAAACAUCUUUCAGGGGACGGAAUUGGACCUCGUUGAGGGGCCGCAUCUCUAUAAGAGGAAUGGGUGGUAUUAUCUUUUGACGGCGGAGGGCGGUACUGCUUACCAUCACGGUUGCACAUUAGCUCGAGCUCGGGAUAUCUGGGGCCCGUACGAGGUGCAUCCGGAGAAGCACAUCCUCACCUCCAAAGACGCACCCUUCGCUGCCUUGCAGAGGGCCGGGCAUGGCGAUAUCGUAGAGACGCCAGAGGGGAAGCCGUACUUGGUCCACUUAACCGGCCGUCCCACAACCCAAGAACGCCGCUGUGUUCUAGGCCGCGAGACAGCGAUCCAAGAAGCCUUCUGGAAGGACGACUGGCUCUACGUGAAAAACGGCCCCGUCCCUUCGCUUCAAGUAGAAGUGCCCGGAGUGCGUGACGACAGCCGGUACUGGGCGGAGCAGCGGUACACGUUUGAGAACGGGCUGCACAAGGACUUCCAAUGGCUGCGGACGCCGGAAACGGAGCGCAUAUUCGCCACCAGAAAAGACGGGAAACUAACCCUGUUCGGGCGGGAGGCGAUCGGCUCGUGGUUCGAGCAGGCGCUGGUCGCGCGGCGGCAGACGCACUUCUCGUACGACGCCGAGACCGUGGUCGACUUCUCGCCGACAGACGAGCGCCAGUUCGCGGGGCUCGCGGCGUACUACUGCCGCUACAACUUCUUCUACCUGACGGUGACGGCGCACGCGGACGGCCAGCGCGAGCUGCUGCUCCUGACGUCCGAGAAGUCCUGGCCGGAUGGCAACCUUAACAAGCCGCUUGCGGAGCCCGUGCAGAUUCCUAACGAGGGGAAGGUGAGGCUGGCGCUGAGUAUUCGCGGCCGCGAGUUGCGGUUCUUCUAUGCGCUGGAGGGAGAGGGGAAGGGGAAGGAGUUGAAAAGGAUUGGGCCGGUGUACGAUGCCUCUAUCCUGUCUGAUGAAUGUGGUGGUCACCAGGCGCAUGGGAGCUUCACAGGCGCGUUUGUGGGGAUGGCGUGCUCGGAUGUCAAUGGGACUGCGUUGCCUGCUACUUUUGAUUACUUCAUCUACCGCCCGGCUCAGCAUCAUACGGAUCGGUAUGAUGUGUGAUUUAGAUCUGUGUUGCUAGGUACCUACCUAAGGUAAGUAUAGAGAGGCCUGUACCAGUUCGCUGCUACUGAGGGAUACUGCAUACCCAAAUAGAUGGCGAUAUAGUCACUAAGUCCUAUCUAUAAAUAUCAGGGUAUAUAUAUAUAUAUAU